CAGCCGAGCCGAGCCGAGCCGGAGGCUGAGGGAGGAUGGCGGCGGUGGUGGCGGCGCUAAGCUCGGAGCGGCUCGAGGUCUCCAUAGACGGGCUGACCCUGAGCCCCGACUCCGAGGAGCGGCCUGGGGACGCCCGGCCGGGGCAGCCGGAUCCGCGGGCGGGGAACGCGGCGGGGUGGAGCCGGCCGGGCCCCGGGCUCCCGGAGGAGGCCGGAGGGGACGCGGAGGAGGCAGCGGCGCUGAGCCCGGAGCAGCGCUGGGGGUUCGGCCUGGAGGAGCUGUACGGCCUGGCCCUGCGCUUCUUCAAAGAGAAAGAUGGCAAAGCCUUUCAUCCAACAUACGAAGAAAAACUUAAACUUGUGGCACUACACAAGCAGGUUCUGUUGGGACCCUACAAUCCGGACACUUGCCCUGAAGUUGGAUUCUUUGAUGUGCUGGGAAAUGAUAGGAGGAAAGAAUGGGCAGCCCUUGGAAACAUGUCAAAACAGGAAGCCAUGGCAGAAUUUGUACAGCUCCUUAAUAGGUGUUGUCAUCUCUUUUCAACAUAUGUCACCUCCCAUAAAAUAGAGAAAGAAGAACAAGAAAAGAAAAGGAGGGAAGAGGAGGAACAAAGGCGUCGUGAAGAGGAAGAGCGAGAGCGUUUACAAAAGGAAGAAGAGAGACGUAGACGAGAGGAGGAAGAAAGACUGAGACGGGAAGAAGAAGAGAGGCGGCGAAUAGAGGAGGAAAGGCUCCGGAUGGAACAGCAGAAGCAACAAAUAAUGGCAGCACUGAACUCCCAGACUGCUGUUCAGUUCCAGCAAUAUGCAGCCCAGCAGUAUCCAGGCAACUAUGAACAGCAGCAGAUCCUAAUUCGCCAGCUUCAAGAACAGCACUAUCAACAGUACAUGCAGCAGUUGUAUCAAGUCCAGCUUGCACAGCAACAGGCAGCCUUACAAAACCAGCAGGAGGCGGCAGCAGCAGCAGGGGCUUCUAUGACUACCAUGCCAAAGGUGAAUGCAGCUGCCCCAGGAGAAAGUCCAUCUAUUAACGGACAGGCCAAUGCUCAUACAGACAGCCCUGAAAAAGAGCUGGAGGCAGAUGCUCUGGAAGAAGCACUAGAGAAUGGACCAAAAGAAUCUGUUCCAGUGAUAGCAGCUCCAUCCAUGUGGACACGACCCCAGAUAAAAGACUUCAAAGAGAAGAUCCGACAGGAUGCAGAUUCUGUGAUCACAGUAGGCCGAGGAGAAGUGGUUACAGUCAGAGUACCGACUCACGAAGAGGGGUCGUAUCUCUUCUGGGAGUUUGCUACAGACAAUUAUGACAUUGGUUUUGGGGUAUAUUUUGAAUGGACAGACUCCCCUAACACUGCAGUCAGUGUGCAUGUCAGCGAAUCCAGUGAUGAUGAGGAUGAAGAGGAAGAAAACAGUGAAGAGAAAGCCAAAAAGAAUGCCAGCAAGCCUCAGCUAGAUGAAAUAGUGCCUGUAUACAGACGAGACUGUCACGAAGAAGUGUACGCUGGCAGCCACCAGUACCCAGGGAGAGGAGUUUAUCUCCUUAAAUUUGACAACUCCUACUCAUUAUGGAGAUCAAAAACAGUUUACUACAGAGUUUAUUAUACUAGAUAAAGAUGUUGCAGUGUCGGAGGCUGGGGCUGUGCAGAAGACAUCAUUUUAUUCGGAAUUUUCUUCAAACAUAAUGGAUCUUUUGAGUCUGUAUUUUACCCUGUCUGGUGUAUCUAUACGGUUUGUGUGUGAACUUUAACAUUAGAAGCUGGGAUUUUUCUGCUGCACAAUUGUAAUGAAGAUCACGUUGGGCUUAGCACAGGAUCUCCCAGCCCUUAAUGGCAUCAAGAGGUUAGCCAAUGAAAUCACUGGCUGCCAGUGCUUAGACUAAAGUCACACUAACUGCAUAUACAAAACCUCCAAACUGUUACUUACACACACAAACACGUAGUGUCUGAACAGUUGUUGGUAUGGUGUUGCCUGGUCUGUGUGCUUUGGGAAUUUAUGGUAAUUUGUUAUUAGAGGGGGUCUCAUCCUUAUUGGGCAGAAUCAGAUACGAUUUGCAAUGUAGCAAGUCUCUCCCUUAAACUGUAUUCAAAUGUCAGAUUUUUACACCAUUAAAACUUGAAACAAGU